AAACUGCACUCAGAGGGCUGUGGGCUUUUUAGACGCGUUCUGUGUUCUGAGGAGACAAAACGAGCUGAUUAUAAUCUGGGAUAAGUUAUCAGCUUUUAUUCUGUUUGAUAUUUUUAUCCGUAGUUGCUUUAAUUGGAUUAGUGUGAGCCUAUUGUGUGAUUCAGGUUCGGCCGUCGCUCGUCAUGGCUCACUUUGGUUUCGAGAAUGAUAUGCAGAACGUGUUGAAACUGGACAUGCCCAUCACCAACGCCCCGAUGGCCAGGUGGCAGAGGAAAGCCAGCACGUCCGCUUCGGCCAACACGAGCGCUCUGUCACCGAGCAAAAGCUCCAACCGGUCUCUCAGCAUGUCCAAAACGCCGAGCAGAACACCGGGGAAGAACGGUAAGAACCAAAGCACACCCUCGAAGGCCGGAGGAGACCGAUUCAUCCCCGUCAGAAACGCCAAACAGUUGGACGUGGCGAGUUUCCUCAUCUCCAAGGAGAACGAGCCGGUCGAGGAAGCGGCAGCGUCCACACAAACUAAUCAGAAGGCCUGGUCCGUGACUCUGAACGGAUGCGACAUCGACGAGGCCAAAAUCCUGCACCUGGGAGGAAAGCCUCUUAACGCCCCCGAAGGUUACCAGAACAACUUAAAGGUUCUGUACAGCCAAGUCCCCACGCCCGUGUCGCUGAAGAAGACCCGCUACAUAUCUUCGGUUCCAGAGAGAAUUCUCGACGCCCCCGAGAUCAGGAACGACUUCUAUCUGAACCUGAUGGACUGGGGCAGACUGAACAUUCUGGCCGUGGCUCUUUCGGAAUACGUGUACCUGUGGGACGCGGCGACGGGGAUGAUCGUGCUGCUGAAAAAGAUGGAGGAGGAGAACGGCUACGUGACGUCCGUCUCCUGGAGCAAAGACGGAAACUUCUUGGCCGUCGGGACGAGCGACUGCAAAGUGGAGCUGUGGGACGUUCAGAGUCAGAAGCGUCUGCGCAGUAUGGACGGUCAUCGUGCCAGAGUCAGCUGCUUGAACUGGAACGAUCACGUCCUAUCCAGUGGUUCCAGAUCCGGUUUGAUCCACCAGCACGAUGUCCGUGUCGCCAAUCAUCACCUGUUCACGCUCAGAGGUCACACGCAGGAGGUGUGCGGUCUCACCUGGUCUCCCGACGGUCGCUAUUUAGCCAGCGGCGGCAACGACAACCUGGUGAACAUCUGGCCGAGCACGCAGGGCGGAGCUCAGACGGCCAUGCACUCGUUCAGCGAACACCAAGGAGCCGUGAAGGCGUUGGCGUGGUGUCCGUGGCAAUCGAGCAUCCUGGCAUCGGGAGGAGGAACCAGCGACCGCCACAUUCGCAUCUGGAACGUCAACAGCGGCUCGUGCGUCACUUCCUGGGACACGCAGUCUCAGGUCUCAUCUCUCGUGUUUGCCCCGAACUACAAGGAGCUCAUCUCGGGUCACGGUUUCUCGCACGACAAGAUCUUCAUCUGGAAAUAUCCCUCGCUCGCUAAAGUGGCCGAGCUCGAAGGCCACGAAGGCCGCAUCCUGAACAUCGCCCUCAGUCCCGACAGCACCACCCUGGCGUCCAUCAGCUCGGACGAGACCAUCCGCCUGUGGAAGUGUUGCGAGAAAGAUCCCACCAAAAAAGCCAAGCCUGCGAGCAGCAGCAUCAUCCAGCAGCACAUCCGAUAAGCGGCGUUUUUAAUCACACUUGCAGACACUAAGUUAAUGUACAAAUGCGUUCUUGUAAAAUUCAAAUAAAGAUUUUGUUUUGGUAUUUCAUUUUUCUGACACGUGCUUCUGGGGUUCUCGUGUGUGCACGGGGAGUUUUUUUUAAAAAACUUUUUAUUUUAUUUUUUUUUUUGUACUAUUUUGUAUUGAACACAUUUUAAUGUUCAGUGUUUUUAUGAAUAUGCUUUACGAUCAUGGUUGUCUUUAAGUUUGACUUGACUCCGAAGCGACGUGUCCGGGACGUUCGUGUCUUUUAGUAAAAUACUUGUUUAUCGUGUUCGUCUCGAUUUUAAGUGCUGUUAAAGAGGGUGGAAGCGUGACCGGUAGGGAAGGAGUCUCCGUGGUCAGUACUGUAACAGUAGGAGUUCCAAGUUGUCUAUUAUUGCUGGACAUCCUGCUGUUUAAAUAUUUUUAUUUAAAUUGGAGAGAAUAGAGAGGCAGAGCUGACACCUGUUUACAGCUGCUCUAAUGUAAGUGACAGCAGGAGCUCACUCGUUUUGUGGAUGUUCCACAGCAUUAAAGAUGACUAAAUGGAUUGUUUUUUUUUUUUUUUUUUUUUUAUAAAUGUCAAAUCGCUGUUGUAUUAAACAGUCUGUUCUGCA